AUGCCAACAGUAUCAGCAGAAGCUUUAUUAACUGAAUCUAAACAACAAAGACACCAAAGAUUCACCAAUCAAUUAUAUCAAGCAGGCGCAAAAGGGUUACUUCAGGGAACUUUAGUUGCUCUAGUAUCAGGAUACGCAUUAUCGUACAAAUAUAAUCAUGGAUUGAACAAAGCAUAUUUUAGAAAUGUUUACAAAGUUUGGUGGUUUGUAGGUUGGGCUGUAGUUGGAGUAACUUUUGCCACAGACACAGCAAAAAUGAAGAUUAGUAAACAAGCAGCAAUUGAAGAUGAAAUCAAACGUGCUAGGUAUCUUGAAGAGGAACUAAAUAGGUAUUCCAAAUAG